AUGGAGAAGAUGAGUGUUGGUGUCGAGGAAGAGGAGGGCAGAGCAGAGUCUGAUAUGUUUGACUGUCUGUCUAUGAAGAGUGACCGGUCUAAAGGUCAUCCACUGGUCUUCAGUAAAGAACCAGGACCCCCAGAGGAGGACAGAACAAAGUCUGUUAUCUCCAGCUGUCUGUCUAUGAAGAGUGACCGGUCUAAAGAUCCUCCACCGCUCUUCAGUAAAGAACCAGGACCCUCAGAUUCACAGUAAGAGAAACACUUUUCAAUCACCAAACUCUCAAACAACAUCUGACGUUUCAAAUACAAAACUUUAAAUCCUGACCCCUCUGUUUUCUCCUCUGUUCUCAAAACACUGAUUUUCCUCUUGAACCUGCCAACCUGGAUAAAAUUCAAUUCAAUCCAACUUUAUUUAUAAAGCCCAUUUCAUGCAAAAGGCAGACUCAAUGUGCUUCGCAACAGGUGUACAUAGUUAAAAACAGUUAUACAAAAAUCUAAUAGCAAUCAGUGUAAGAGUGUAAGUGCAAGUCAAUCAACUUCACCGCGAAUGCUACAGAAAUCUGUUUUUAAAGAUGGCUACUGAUGUGUCUAACUGUGUCAGGCAGGGUGUUCCAUUUUUGUGGGGAUUUAACACUCAAAGCUGCCUCCCCUUAUUUGGAUCUGGUGUGAGGGAUGAGUAAGUUGCCACUGCCUGUUGACCAAAGUGUUCUUGCUGGGGUGUAGGUGAUGAGCAUAUCUGUGAUGUACUGAGGUGUAAGGCCAUGUAGUGCUUUGUAAACCAGGAGGAGUAUUUUGAAAUCGAUUCUUGUCCUAACGGGUAACCAAUGUACAGAUUUGAGAACGGGUGUGAUGUGUUGAUAUUUUUUGGUACCAGUGAGAAUACAUGCAGCUGCAUUUUGAAUUAACUGUAACCUCUGAAGACUUGAUUUUGGGAGUCCAGUGAAUAAAUCGUUACAGUAAUCCAGUCUACUUCUUAUAAAUGCAUGGAUGAAUUUUUCUAAGUCUGAUUUUGACAGAAAGCCCCUCAGUUUGGAGAUAUUUUUGAGAUGAUAGAAGGAUGAUCUUGAAUUAAAUCUUGUAAUGGAUAAAAGGCUGGUAAAGAAAAAGUCACUGAGCACAGAUUUACUUAUUAUUCCUAAUGUUGAUAAAAAUGAAGGUCGUAUAAAACAGCAUUUGAAAAGGAUUCUGACUUCUUGUAUUUUCUGAUUUGGUUCCUGUGUUUGGGACGUUGUGAGCCUGUUAGUCUUUGGACUGUGGUGUAUAGACCCCAGAAAACAGUCUGUGGGUCACAAAAUACCAGAAGACCAAAGAAGAAAUAAAUCCUGAGAAAUAAAAACAUAAUUCAGAGCAUCUGUCUGUUAUUAGACCUUUAGAUCUGAUUGGUCAAAAAAAAAGUUUUAAACUGUCAGAGAAAAUCUCUCUACCUUCAAAAAUCACAGUUUAGUUUUUUCUCUUGUCACGACACUUUCAGACAGCAGCAGCUGAAUAUUUUACAGGAGAUUGUUUUAUGUUAGAGAAAAGAGAAACUCUGGUUUAAUAAAUGUUUCUUAUUCUGUAUCUUUCAAACAUGAAAUAAUAAAGAAAUGUUCUUUAUUUCCACAGAGAGACACAGAGAUGUGACUCUGUGGAGGAGCAGCUGUCCAGAUGUUCUUUAUGUCAGGAUGUCCUGAAGGAUCCAGUCUCUACCCGCUGUGGACACCAGUCUCCUUCUUCAGGACACACCUCCUGUCCCCAGUGUGGAAAAAGAACCAGAACAGUUCUUGUUUUUCAGACAGACAGCCAGUCCAGCUCUGAUCGAAGUAAGUCUGAACACCUUUAAACCCUAAAUUAUACAAUUUCUGCCUGAAUUAUUUUGCUUAUUUUAGCCAUAAAAUUGGCAGAAAAUGUCCUAUGAGUGAGUGCUUUUUUAUUCAUUGGCUUUCAACCCUGCAUGAGACUCGGCUCCUGUUUUAGUGUUUUAUGGUUUGUUUUUAGUUAUUUGUUUCUAUGUUUUUAAAUUAGUUUUUAAAAUUAUUCAAACUAUAUUUUACUUUUUAAUAUCUGCUUUUAUUUUUUCCACUGUUUUAAUUGUUUUUUUAUGUCUAUGCUUUUUUGUCUAUUUAUGUACAGCACUUUGGUUGGCUGUGGUUGUUUUUAAGUGCUUUAGAAAUAAAGUUGAGUUUUACCCAUUUUUCCAGAACACUUAAAACUUUCAAUAUCUGGCUGUCAUUUACGAUUUACUGUCUGUUAAAAAACUUUAACAUUUUAAGAUAAAGAAAAACACAAAAACGGAAUACGAUUUUUUGAGUUUUAAUGAGAAAAAACAGAAAAUAUUCAUGAACAACAGAUUUUUCAUUUGAAAUAAAAAAAAAUUAAAGAGUAUCAAACAUAUUUACAACAAAAACUUUGGAGUGCUGUCUCUCCAAGUGCAAAAACAGGCUAAAUAAAUACAACUAUGUCCAGGCGUUUCUCCCCGUUUCUCCUCUCUCACUCAGAGGUCUUUGUGAAACUGUCAGAAGCUGUUCCUUUCUGUCUGCAGACACAGACCCACAUCACACCCCUCACACUUCCAGACAGUUCUCCUUAUGACAAAGUUUGCAGCGUCGUCUCCUCAUGCUAGUUCUUUGAGACUUCAGCUGUCCAUGGCUUGUUUGGGCACGUAGCUAUACUCUACUAUAAACAGUGCGCAUUUCUGCGAAGUGGAUGUAAUUCUCGGGGGGCAUGUGUUUCUCGGCAACACAUCAACGGCUGCAAAUGAGAAACCAACAAGAGAAAACCGCCGAAGAUGAAAACUUUCUAGUAAAAAGAAAAGCCACGUCACUAACCAUUGAAGACGAAUACUCGUUGAUUAAAAGAAAAGCAACGUCACUUACCAUUGAAGAUGAAUACUCGUUGAUUAAAAGAAAAGCAACGUCACUUAUCUGUAAUUAUUUCGGUAACAAAAAGGAUGACGUCACCUAACACCUGUUCUGUGUCGGCAGGGCCUUUCAUCUGUUUCCACAAUAACGUCCCAGCAGAACAAUAAAAACUAAAAAUAUCUCUAAGACGGACAGAAGCCAUUCUACUAACAUUCACUAAAAGAGGGAAGAUCAGUGCAGGUUAACUGUCCUCAAGAUUUCAGCAGAAAGUCAGAUUCAGAUCAUCUGCUGAAAAUUCCUCUAUUUUUUAAUAUCGCUUAUAUAUCACAGGGUUGAACAACUUUUUAAUGUUAGUGUUUUCUAAUAUCAUGCUGUCUUAAUAGGCACACGUUAAUACAAGCUUACUGCCUUAGCAUGGUAUUCUAAUAAAGUCACAACAGGUUAUAAGUGUUGAUUUACUCAUAAAAUAACGUAAAUAAACUAAAAACGACACAGAGAGCGCUUCAUUCAUCCAGAAACCAACACAGAAAAUCAACCAGUCAAACUUUACCUUUCUCUGUCUGAAGUUGCUCUGAAAGCUUCUCCAUCGGUCCCAAAGUCGUCUGAAAACCUCAGUGGAGGUUUUCUCACUCAGGAAGGAUUUAUCACAGACAUUUUCCUUUGAAAUAAUCCCUUUUUUGUCACUUUUCUCUCUUUUUGCUCCGUUUCUCUGCUCCGUUGUUUGUCUAUCUACUGCUUUCUUUGUGAGGGGGAAAGGGGACGGAGAGACAGAUUUCCUCUCUAAACAGCAGGAGUGAAAUUACCGUAAUAACCGUUUAUUGACCGUGUGGCGCAACUUCUCAGCUUUCAGAAACCGUUGGAGAUUUUUUUUUGAUAGAACAAACUACCGCAAAGUUACGGUAAUUGAAAGAGCGCCUGUGUAAAGGUGUCGGCGCCGACAGACUGUGAGGAAAAGUCUGUGUGGAUGAAAACUCAGCUGACUGAUUUUCACAAAGACGUUUCAGUGUUGAGAAGUUUGGUUCAUUUUAUUUUUCUUCUCUUUCAGAAGAUGGCCUCCCGCAGGAGGUUUUAGAUGAACAUAAGAUCAGUCUGAAGAGGAGAUGUGAACGUGUGAAUGAAGGAAGUGAUGAAACAGGAAGUAGUCAAACCCUCCUCAACAGGAUCUUCACUGAGCUCUACAUCACAGAGGGACUGAGUGAAGAGGUGAACACCCAACAUGAGGUGAGACAGCUGGAGACUACUUCAAAGAUGAAGACCCUCCAUGACACGUCCAUCAAGUGUCAUGAGAUCUUUAAAACCUUACCUGACCAACAGAAGAAGCUCAUCAGAGUGGUUCUGACCAACGGCGUGGCUGGUGUUGGAAAAACCUUCUCAGUGCAGAAGUUCACUCUGGACUGGGCAGAGGGUUUGGAGAACCAAGACCUCCAUCUGGUGGUCCUGCUUUCAUUCAGGGAGCUGAACCUGAUCAGAGAUGAGCGCUUCAGUCUUCUGAGUCUGCUCCAUAUUUUCCAUCCAACCCUAGAGAAGGUCACAGCAGAGACGCUGGCUGCCUGUAAACUUCUGUUCAUCUUUGACGGUCUGGAUGAAAGCAGACUGUCUCUGGAUUUCACAGACUCUGAGGUGGUGUCUGACGUCACACAGAAGUCUUCACUCAACGUUCUGUUAACAAACCUCAUCAAGGGGAACCUGCUCCCCUCAGCUCUCAUCUGGAUAACUUCUCGACCUGCAGCAGCCAAUCAGAUCCCUCCUUCACAUGUGGACAGGAUAACAGAAGUACGAGGCUUCAAUGACACCCAGAAGGACGAGUACUUCAGGAAGAGGUUCACAGAUGAAGAUCUGUCCAGAAGAAUCAUCUCACACAUCAAGUCUUCCAGGAGCCUCCACAUCAUGUGUCAGAUCCCGGUCUUCUGCUGGAUCACUGCUACAGUUCUGGAGGACAUGAUGAGCAGAGAGCAGAGAGGAGAGCUGCCCAAGACCCUGACUGACAUGUACUCACACUUCCUGCUGGUCCAGACUCAGAGGAAGAAGCAGAAGUAUGGAGGAGGACAUGAGACAAGUCCUCAGGAGCUGAUGGAUGCUGACAGUGACGUCCUCCUGAAGCUGGGGAGGCUGGCCUUUGAACAUCUGGAGAAAGGAAACAUCAUGUUCUACCAAGAAGACCUGGAGCGGUGUGGUCUGGAUGUCUCAGAGGCCUCAGUGUACUCAGGAGUUUGUACAGAGAUCUUCAGAAGAGAGAGUGUGAUCUUCCAGAAAACUGUUUACUGUUUCGUUCAUCUGAGCGUUCAGGAGUUUCUGGCUGCAGUCUACAUGAUCCACAGUUUCACAAACAGGAACACAGAAGCUCUGGAGACUUUCCUAAGAGGCAACGAAGAUGAAGAUGAAGAUGAAGACGAAGAUGAAGAUGAAGAAGAAGACGAAAUGUUUUCUUCAGCGAUGGUUUCCAGAUCUUUUAAAAACCCGGAUAACUCUUUUUCAUCUCUGGAUGUCUUCCUGAAGAGUGUCAUGGAGAAAUCCCUUCUCAGUAAAAACGGUCACCUGGACCUGUUUGUUCGCUUCCUUCAUGGACUCUCUGUGGAGUCAAACCAGAUACUCUUUGGAGGUCUGCUGGGUCACACAGACAACAGUCGAAAAAUGAUCCAAAGAGUCAUCAACAAUCUGAAGGAGAUGAACAGUGAAGAUAUCUCUCCUGACAGAAGCAUCAACAUCUUCCACUGUCUGAUGGAGAUGAACGAUCUGUCAGUUCAUCAGGAGAUUCAAGAGUUCCUGAAGUCAGAGAACAGAUCAGAGAGACUUUCAGAGAUCCACUGCUCUGCUCUGGCCUACAUGCUGCAGAUGUCAGAGGAGGUUCUGGAUGAGUUGAAUUUAAGGAAUUAUAACACAUCAGACCAGGGACGACUGAGACUGAUCCCAGCUGUGAGGAACUGCAGAAAGGCUCAGUAAGUCCAGGUUUUAUUCUCAGAAUAGUGUAAAUGAUCCCUGUAGUUCUUCUAAUGUCCACGUUACUGAUGAUGUUCUUCUUCAAAUAGAAAUCCACUCAAAUAUCAGGGAGGGGGUUUCUUUAGCAAAAACAUGAUCCUGGUGUCUAAAGUCCUGUUAGCCCAGGAUGAGGUCUACCUGUGGACCCCUGAGAACUUGUCCUGAUUGUGAAGGACCUCUUUGUUUUGAAUCGUGUCUGUAAUGAAUAAAGUGGAACUUUGAGGACAAAUCAGCGACCAUAUCUGAGGACACACAGAGGUCUUCUGAUGAUGGUAUCAGUCCAGAUCAACAUCUCAGUCAGUUGUGGUGAACUUGAGUUUGAAGAAGGUGUCUGCAGCUUCUUCCUGCUGGUUUUCAGGUUGGAAAUGAUGAAUCAGUUGUAAAUGAGGGUGUUGACAGCAUUGAUGGUGAAAAUAGAACUGGAUCAUUUUCUACACAGUGGCAGAACUGUCUCUGUACCAUCAUGUUCAUCAUAUUGUCCAUAUUGAUCCUCCAUGUUGAUAUUAUCUGGACUCAUUAUUUGAUACCUCACUUCAUGAUUUAGUGUAAACAUUUAAAAAAGAGAAGAAAACAUGUUCAAAGAUGAAUCUCUUUUAUUUCCUCUGACUCUAAAUUUUUCUUUCUGCAUCAAACACACAAACUAGAAAAAUUCAAUCUGUGAUUUUUAUAGGAGUCAUGAGAACGUACACCCCCAGAGUUCAAAUAACCUCAACCCUAACUUUGACCACAGUUCUUUAAGUUUUACUUUGUUUUUAUCGUUUAACUAUCAUGAAGUAUUGGACGAUAAUGUGCCGAGAGAGAGAGACAGAGAGAGAGACAGGGAGAGAGACAGGGAGAGAGACAGGGAGAGAGAGCGAGAGAGAGAGAUGACCAUAGCCCAAAGACAGAGGUACAAUAGGUCUUUGUCACUGUCUCUUAAAGGUCUCUCUGGAUUCAUCAGGCUUUAUAAACUUGUUUCUGCUGGUGAAGGGAAUGUUACAUGGAGAAAAAACUUUCAUUGUGAAAACAAAAAAAUCUUCAAAUGUUCAGAGUCAAACCAGCUCUAACCUGCUAAAAAAAUGAUUUUAUCUGAACCAAUCAGAGAAAAAGGAGCUGCUGCUAUGAUUUAGUGAGUCGUCCUCUGAUUGGUCAACAGUCAGUGUCUAUGGAAAGACUUACAUUACAGCAGGAUGUCAACAUUAAACACUGAGAGGAGCACUGAUCCUCCAAGAGGUACUUUGGAUACUAACCAAUCACAUACCAGGACCAACAACCUGGUUCUCAGUCCCCUUCUCCAACCAGAACUCAAACAUCAAAUUACCCUUUAAUUCAAUAUUGUUUGAUAUUUAUGUUGUUACAGACUUUCAUUCUGUGGACUCUCAGAGACUCACUGUGAAGUUGUGGCCUCAGCUCUGAAGUCCAACCCCUCCCAUCUGAGACAUCUGGAGCUGAGCUUAAACUCUCUGCGGGAUUCAGGAGUGAAGCUUCUCUCUGCAGGACUGGAGAGUCCAAACUGCAGACUGGAGACUCUGAUGUGAGACACCAUUUCCUUCUGAUCUAACAAUAAGAUGUGACAGCUGCUGCCUUAGAUUUUUCUCUGUGGUUUUUCCAUCAACUUUGGUCGAGCAGUUUGAAUUUGUCGUUGUAAAACUUCAACACAGGAAGAAAAAUCCGACAUUUCAGAGUUGACUUUGAGGAGAACGAUGGAUGUAGAAAGGAAGCAGGAGAAAAUCAGUCCCACAAAUAUUAUACAUGCUUGUAGAGGGCAGGAGCAGCACAGACUAAAGGCUGAUAUUGAACUGAUCCACAGUUAAUGUGAUCACUAAUGAAUGAAUGAAGUGUCAGAGAAAUGAUGAGCUGCAGAUUGAAACCUGAAGAACAAAGUUAAUCCAACUCUGGAGAUUUCAUUUGGAAACUCUUGAAAACUUGAAUUUCUUCUUUGCUCAGUCGUGUUCAAAUGUAAAAACCAGAUCCAGAUUAUCAUUAACAUCAUUAACAUGAUGAUGUGUGGUCUCUGUUUGGCAGAGCGCUGAUGUUACAGUCUGAGAGCACAUUCAGGUUCAGCUUCACAUGGGCUGGAUCUGCUCAAUACAAACUCUUGAGACCAGCCUGGUUGAGGGAGGUGGGCUCAGUGUCCUGGGUGACUCUCUCUGAGCUCUUCUUGGUUGAGAGUAUUUCUGGUUUGUCUCUGACUUCCAUGAACUCAGAUCUGGAGGAUUGCUGGCUGGUCCGGUCCAGUUCUGACAGUAGAGACAACACAGUCAGUUAUUCUGGGUUGAGUGUUCUUGUUGAAGAUCAGUGUACAGUGAGGGAUGAAGGCAGACAAAGAUCCUCCUGUUUCCUCCAUGUCACAGUUCAAGUUCAUUUUGAAGACUUUGAUUGAUCCGAGCACUGAAGAGGAACAGGAAACGUGGAGUAGAGAGUGAGGGGGGACUUACAGCAAAGGAUCAUGGGAGUCCAACCAGAAACUGCUGCAACAAGGACUCCACCUUCUGAACAGCUGAACCUCUAAUCCAAACCAGUGCUCCAUCACAUUUGAUGUCUUGUCUGUUAUUUUACAUGGAGGGUCAGAGCAGACCAGAUCAUGAGCUCUGACAGACUGGAUCUGGUCCAAAGGUCUCCUGUUGGAGUUCUCUAAGCUCCAUAUUUUAAACCUGAACACCUGAAGUUUGAUUAUUAAUUAUUUUUAUCUUCAUUCUCUUUCCUUUUUUCAGACUGAGGAGCUGCAGUUUGUCAGAGAUCAGCUGUUCUUCUCUGGCCUCAGCUCUGAAGUCCAACCCCGACCAUCUGAGACAUCUGGACCUGAGCGGAAACGAUCUGCAGGAUUCAGGAGUGAAGCUGCUGUGUGAAUUUGUGCAGAGUCCAAACUGUAAACUGGAGACUCUGAGGUGAGACUUUUUCCUCCAUUCAAACAUGAUCAUGAUUUGUUUGUGAUGAUGACACUAAAUUGCUGACUCAGGACUGAAAUACUGACCCAGACUGAACACCUUCAGUCCAGAGUAGAUUUUCUGCAUCAGUGGAUUAUUUGAUUGACUCCAGUUCGAUCACUGCUGAGCUCCAGUGAAUUAAAACCUGAACACAAGAAGAAAACUCUUUGUAGAGUUCACAGUGAGAAGCACAUUCAGACAGAAAACAGAAGCAGGGGGAGAUUUGUCAGAUGAGAACCACUCAAACUUUUGUUCAGGACAAGAUCAGGGAACAGAAAAAACUCAGAGUUUAGUUUCUGACACUGAUGAAAGUCCAGCUCUGUUACUUUGAAUUUUGUUUUUAAAUCUUUGUGUGAAAAUCUGAAUUUUAUGGUUUAUCUGCACUUUUCUGAAGUCUUACUGUGUUUCUCUUAUUAUUAUAUAUAUUAUAUAUAUACUCAUUAUUUCCUCUUUAUUUAGGUUGAGGAGCUGCAGUUUGUCAGAGAUCAGCUGUUCUUCUUUGGCCUCAGCUCUGAAGUCCAACCCCUCCCAUCUGAGACAUCUGGACCUGACUGAAAACAAUCUGCAAGAUUCAGGAGAGAAGCUGCUGUGUGAUCUUCAGAAGAGUCCAGACUACAUACUGGAGUAUCUGCUGUCAGUAUAGAGUUGGAGUUAGUCUGUGCUGAUCUCUCCUGUUCCUCUCCACACAGUAUCACAGCAGAUAUUCAGUAUUUCCUGCUGACUCUUCGACCCUCUCAGAGGAUUCUUUCUUUAGUGAAGCUGUGAGAACAGAAAUCAUCAAACCAGGAGUGUAAGAGUGUCAGUGAUGAAAAAAGUGUCUCCUCGUCUCUAUAUUUCAGAUCAAAUGUAGAAAUGAGACAUAAUGAAACAGAAAUGUUCAGUUUCUGCUCUGAAGUCCAGUUUAUAGUUCUCUGUAUUCAACACAGACUUUAUUUCUCUGCUAACUUGUUGAUUUUGAGCUCUAAGUCUGAAAACAGACAGCUGUUCUUUAUACUUGUUAUUUUCACAGCAGGUUUGUUCGAUCAGCUUUAACACAUUUGACAGGAAUGAUUUCUUUAUUUUGAUGAUGUUGGUUUAUUUGUGAGGAAACCUGCUGCUUUACACCAUCACUUCUGGUCUGAGCAGGACUGAGACCUGCUGGUCUGUAAACUGGAUGUUCUUCAGUCCAGCUGAUGAAGUGAGUCUCAGAGUGGAAACACUGAUCAUCUGUUUUUCUCUCCUCAGCUGGGAGUUUUAG